UUGGCCUCCUCCUUCCCCCUUGCCUUCUUCCUCUCUCGUCGUACCUGGCCUCCAGAGCAAGCUCGCUCAGGCGAAGUGCCAUCACAGCGCUGGUGCGGACAGCGUCGCUCACAGCCUCGUCGCUGCUGACUGAGAAGCGCUUGAUACAGCCUGAACACCCGACCCGACCGAUACGUUCCUGGCGGUUGCCGUGACGUACAUUCAGCCCUCCCUGCCGGGCUACCUUCUCUUUGACCACCAUCCUGCUCAGUUCGAUCCUGCGUAGUACGCUAUGAACUUCUUCAAGUCCAAGCCGCGCACACCGCCAGACCUCGUUCGCGGGCUUCGGGACGCAUUGCCGAAGCUGGAGGCUGGGCAGCCAGGGUCGGAGGUGAGACGGAAGGCUGGCGAAGAGGUCGCAAGGAACCUCCAGCAGAUCAAGGCGAUCUUGUACGGAGAUGGCGACCCGCUCCCUGAGCUUGUGGCGCAACUCGCAACAGAAACAUACUCAACAGAUCUCCUAUACCACCUUCUAGUCAGCAUUCACAAGCUCGAGUUCGAGGCACGGAAGGACGUCGUGCAGAUCUUCAACAACCUCCUUCGGCGGCAGAUCGGCGCGCGCUUCCCAACCGUCGAGUAUCUGAGUGGGAAGAAGGAGGUGCUGUUUGCAGCAUUCGACGGGUAUAAGAACGAGGAUAUCGCCCUUAACACCGGUAUGAUACUUCGAGAGAUGCUCCGACACGAACCAUUAGCGAAGAUACUGCUUCACUCUGAACAGUUCUACACGUUCCCACAUUACAUCGAAACGACUACAUUUGGCGUCUCAUGCGACGCGUUCGCAAACCUGAAGGAGACGCUGACACGCCACAAGGCCAUGGUGGCCGACUAUCUCGACAAGAACUACGAUCGUUUCUUCAACACGUACACCACCCUCAUACGAUCGGAGAACUACGUGACAAAGCGGCAGUCACUGAAACUGCUAGGCGAGAUCCUGCUGGAUAGGGCAAAUUUCGCCGUCAUGACGCGGUAUAUUGCGGACGAGACGAAUCUCAAGAUGAUGAUGAACCUGCUCCGGGACAAGAGCAAGAAUAUCCAGUUUGAGGCAUUCCACGUAUUCAAGGUCUUUGUGGCAAACCCGAAGAAGCCGGAACAGAUUGAGAACAUCCUCCGGAGAAAUAAGGACAAGCUACUGAAAUUCCUCAAGGAUUUCCACAACGACAAGGAAGACGAGCAAUUCUCCGACGAGAAACAGUUCCUCAUCGGACAAAUACAGAACCUAUGAUAAUACCCGUCCGGCUACUCGCUCUCCUUCCCUCCCCCAUCGUCGGUUCCCACGCUUGUCUGUACCCUCCGGACUUUCUUGCUCAUCUCGUUCGCCUCUCGCAUCCCUGGACUCCUACUCAUUUGCACUCCCCUGACAUAAUACGGCGUCCGCGUGCGCACGCCCACUUCUCUUCGUCGCGCCGGCCCCUUCGUCACCCGCCGUCCGUUGGUCACCGGCUCCCUCGUCCUGGCUGCCGCCCGCGCACCUAUCGACUCACUGCAUCCCAUACCGCACCGCACGCUCUGUGUAGCCCGCAUCUCGUGUCCCGUGUCUUCUGGAGUUUUAGCUCUCUACCUCUCUCGAUCGUCCUUGUCUGAGUGUCCUGUAUUAUCACCGUCUUCGUUCUAUCGCACGCCUAUCGUGGUCAAUGGUAUGCAUCGUCUCUAGAGCCCUCG